AUGGAAGAAAGUCUGGUAGGUCAUUCAAUCGAAAAUGAAGACUAUGAUGCUUUACAACUGAUCCUUACUCCGGAAGAUUCGACAGAAUCAUUCAUUGUUUUGUUGAUAGAGAAGGGUGGACCUUGGUCUUUCAAUUCUCAUUUGCUUAUUUUACAUGGACUACAAGAAGCUGAUGACCCUAUGACUGUUCCAUUGGUCAAUGUGGAUUAUUGGGUUCUACUUCUAAUACACGACAUUCCACUUGGUUUUAUGUCUAAGAGAGUGGCACGACUUGGUACGUUCUUAGAAUAUGAUUCAUUGGCGAUAUCUCUUGGCUACAAAAGAAUAAUGAAAGUCAGAGUUAGAAUCGAUUCAAGAAUCCUAUUAAAACGUAGAAAGAUGUUACUAGCAAACGGAAGCCAUAAUUAUGUCAGGUUCGAAUAUGAAAAUUUGACUCUAUUUUGUUUCAUAUGUGGAAGACUGGGCCAUGGUGAAAGCUUUUGUCCAGUUCGGUUAUAUAGCGAAAAUCAAGAAAUCGCCAUGGAAUGGGAUGCAUCGCUACGUGCUCCACAAAGGAGAUCAGCACCUCCGUACGGCAGAUGGCUACGUGAAGAGGAAGGAGGUCAACAUGGUGGGUCAAUUUUUCCGACCAGACUUGGAGAAAUCAAGCCUAAUCAAAGUAAUUCCAGCCCCGAUAAUUCUGCUGAUCAAAGAAGAAAAGUAUCGAAUCUUAAUGAUAUACAGGAAAGAAAUAAGCAAAUUAGUGGAGACAAAAGUUCUUCUGCAGUGGCUAAAUCAAAGGCGCCUAUCAAUCAAUUAUAUUCAACCAAUAUUAAUCAUGGCAUGUUAAUUGAAGUUCCCAAAAAUAUGCUUACCCUCAAUUAA